AUGCACCUAAUCCUGACUGGCGCAACCGGCCUGGUGGGUUCCAGCGCACUCCAUGCUAUGCUCAAAAUGAGGGAUGUCACCAAAAUAUCCAUUCUUAGCAGAAGACCAGUUCCUAUGGCCGAACAGUCCCAAGACCCAAGAGUCGACGUAUUAAUUCUCAACGACUUCACCACUUACAGCCCCGAAGUUCUAAGAAAGCUCGAAGGUGCAAGCGGUGCUGUCUGGGCCCUCGGUAUCAGCCAGACAAAGGCCUCCAAAGAGGACUACGUCACAAUCACUAAAGAUUAUCCCCUUGCCGCGGCCAAGGCUUUCGCUGACCUGACCCCCAACAACGAACCCUUCCGCUUUAUCUAUAUAUCCACUGGACUAGCUACUCAGAAGCCUGGCCUUUUCAGCCCGUACUACGCGGGCGUUAAAGGCGAGGCUGAGUUAUCGCUCUCGAAACUACGAGAUGCAUAUCCUCAUUUGCAAACAGAGACAGUCCGGGCUGGCUACGUCGACGCCACUCAGCACGCCGCUAUUAAGCCUUAUAUACCUGACCCGGGUUUCUUGUACAACUUUAUGACGCCUCUCGUAGCACCGCCCAUCAGGCUGCUUGCCAAGUGGAUGCAUAGUCCGAGUGAACCUUUUGGCCAGUUCCUUGUUGAGAUGGCUAUGGGUAAGCAUGAUGGUGCUUUAGUAGCCGAAGGCCAUGGCAUCACAACGCUACAUGGCGGUUCGAGGGUAUUGGAGAACGAGGCAUUUAGGCGGAUUGCCGGUCUGUCAUGA